AUGUCCCCGCCAACUAUUAGGUCGUCUCAAGGAAAUACAGCCAGCCAGACACAAGGGCCUCAAUAUGCUAAAGUAUUUGUUCAACGAGACUAUUCGGAUGGCACAACUGUAAAAUUUAUGACAAGUUUCCCACAAGGACUUGAAAACAAAAUCGAGCGAACAGUUUUUGAAUAUACAAUCAAUCAGUUGAAUACAUAUUUUGCUGAAGCUGAAAAGGCAUCAUGUAAGACCUAUUGUGAAGGCUGUUUUGCAUGUUUCACUGUGUACACAAUGUUUUUGUGUGCAGAUACACAUUAUGAAAAAUGUUUACGCAAAGUUGGAAAAUUUAUAGUUGAACAGAAUGAAAUGGUCUAUUUACCAAGAGGUUUGCUGCUUACCAAUCCUGCUGAACGAGGGUUAAGAAUUAUUGAAAUCACUAUGCUAGAUCAACCUAUAGUGGCCAGAACAUGA